AUGAUGGCGGAGCCGGCUGCCUUGGCGUCGUUCUCGAAAUUUCUGUGGCCAGUGAACUCCCUCUUCCUCUCCCACUCACCCUCUUUUCCUUUUCACCGCUGCGGGGACUUGUGCUAAUUUGCAGUUUUCCUUUUCCUGGCGUGCACAUGGUAGAGACAAGCUGGUGGCUCGCAGACUGCGUCUGGCUGGAGACAGGCAGCGAGCCGAUGGAUAACAACACUCCGGGAGAAUGAUUGUGCAGCAGUUAUUUAAGGAUAGGCUUUUGGGGUAUGGCAGCAUAUGAGCUGAUUCUUCAGUGUGUAGCCUUGGACGCAGCGUGCUGAUUGGAAUCUUCUUGUUCAGAGAUCGGAAAGGAACAGAGGGUUUCCCUUAUUUUACAGUCAGACUCAGCAUCCCAUCAUCUGCUUACCCAGGCCACGCGCUGAAGGCGAGGAGCCAUGGCUGAGGAUAGGAAAGACGAAGCCAAGGCGCCACACUGGACUUCAGGUCAGCUAACAGAGGCCUCUUCACACCCACAUUCACCUGAGAUGAAGGAUCAGGGGGGCGCGAGCGCUGGACUGGUCAGAAGUGCCAAUGGAUUUCCGUACCGAGAGGAUGAGGAGCUGAGGCUGGGCGGCCACGAGCAGCCAGGGACAUAUGCUCAGACCAAAGAGAAUGGCAUCAAUGGAGAGCUGUCAUCAGGGAGCAGGGAGACUGCAGAAGAAGUGUCUGCGAGGAUAGUACAAGUAGUAACAGCUGAAGCUGUAGCAGUCCUGAAAGGUGAACAGGAAAAAGAAGCCCAGCACAAAGAUCAGCCUGGAUCACUACCUUUAGCAGUUGAAGAGUCAGCCAACCUGCCUCCUUCCCCACCUCCAUCACCAGCUUCUGAGCAGACUGGAGUUCUGGAGGAAGAUUUACUUGCAGCCACGAAGAUGGAAUUCCGUGUCCAGGAGGGCACAUGCCCUUUUGCAGCAGAACCAUUAGACACAAAGCAGCGUGAAUCUGGGAAGGACAGUAAGACUGUUGAGCAACCUAAAUAUGAUGCCUUAGUUCCACAGUCAGCAAAAACAGAGGCUACAGAUAAAAAGGAUUCAGAGAGCAAAGACAAAGUGCUUUCACCUCCAUCAGAAUGGAUGUUGAAAACUGAUUCACAGAUGAAAGGGGAAGCCAGUUUUGCAGAACCUGCUGCUAAGCCUCCUGCUCCUCAAGAACAAGAGCACUUGUCAUCUCAGCUGCCUGAAGUGAGCAGGGGAGAAGAAAGGACUGCAGGUGUGCCCUCAUCAACCAACCAAGUUAUGGGUAUCACAUUUCAAGACAACCUCAAAGAUAUCCAGGGUGGUGCCAUCAGCUAUGGGGAAAGUUCUCUAUUGCUACCAGAACCCAAGGCAGAAGCAGCCAAAAGUGAACUUCCUUCAGGCCCAUCUCCUGCUCUCCCACAGGAGCUUUCACUCAAAGACAGUUUCAAAACACAUCAGGAACCUACUGACCAACUGUUUGCCAAAGAUCUCAGUAAAGAUGAACAGAUCCACAGAGACAGGACAUUAUCUCUCCAAGAAGUCUCAGCAGUAACUGUAGAUGGAUUGAAAACUCCAAGCACUCCAAAAAUCCCUCCAUGGGGAGAGGAAAAGGACAUGACUAAGGAUGAGAGUGAUGAGGAAGAAAGGUACGACUUCUUUGAUAAAGGGGAGGCUCAAAUAUUAGAUGAGGGUAAAAUGACCACAAAAUCAGAAGUUAAGACACCUUCCCCAGACAAAACAGACUUUCAAAAGGACAGUGAAGCUAAAAAGUCACCUGAUGCUCUCAAAGCAGAAAAAGAAACGGACCAAAGUGGGCUCUCAGCAGCAGAUGUGAAAAAGGAGGUGCAGCAAAGCACACAGGUACCCCCAGCAAAGUUAAGCCAUGAACUGAGUCAUGAGAAAACAGCAGAGCACCCUGAGACCGCUCAGUUAUCCAGAGUAACAGAGAAAGCCCCUGAGGCACCAGGUUUAACCACUGAGAAGACUCCUACUCUAGAAGCUUCUCAAGAGAAAGAUGUUAAAAAAGAUACUGAGGAGGAUAAGACAAGUCUUGCAGCUCCUCAUCAAAUGAAGGAAGAGGAGGAUCAGUCAGGAAUGUCAAAGUAUUUUGAAACCUCUGCUCUGAAAGAGGAAGCCUUCAAAGCAGAUGGUCUGAAACAAAGCAGUGAUUACUAUGAGCUAAGUGACACUAAAGAGAGUAAAUAUGAGCCUUAUCAGAGAGGUCCUCUAAUACCUGAAGAUGAAGAGGAGGAGGAAGAUGAAGAAUUAAAUCAGCCGCAGAAUGUGCAUGCUCGUGAAAUGGGGUACAGUACCCUGGCUCAGAGCUAUACACCAGACACAUCUGAAGAACCCAGUUCUCCAACAGAAAGAAUGUUCACUAUUGACCCCAAAGUCUAUGGGGAUAAGAGAGAACUUCACAGUAAAAAUAAAGAUGACCUAACUCUGAGCAGGAGCUUGGGACUUGGGGGGAGGUCUGCAAUUGAACAGAGAAGUAUGUCUAUUAACUUGCCCAUGUCCUGUCUGGAUUCAAUAGCCCUAGGAUUUAGUUUUGGUCGUGCACACGAUCUUUCUCCCCUCGCUUCAGAUAUUCUAACUAACACUAGUGGAAGUAUGGAUGAAGGUGAUGACUACUUGCCAGCGACCACACCAGCAGUGGAGAAGGCCCCCUGCUUCCCCAUUGAAAGUAGAGAGGAAGAUGAGCACACAGAAGAAGAAAAAGUGACGGUAGAAGAAAAAGUCCAGCCUGAGACCUUGGCUGAACCAUCUUUCCAGGCCAAAGAUUACUACAAAAAUGGGGCUGUCCUGGCUCCUGACCUGCCUGAAAUGUUAGACUUGGCAGGGACAAGAUCAAGAUUAGCCUCUGUGAGUGCAGAUGCUGAGGUGGCACAGAAGAAGCCAGUUCCUUCUGACACUGUUGUGGAAGACAGCAGCACAGCCCUGCCACCUGUGACAAAUGAAAACCACGUAAUUCUGAAAGCUGAAAGCCAGCUGGAAGACUUGGGCUACUGUGUUUUCAAUAAAUACACAGUACCACUCCCCUCCCCAGUUCAGGACAGUGAGAAUUUAACAAGUGAAACCUGUCCCUUCUACGAAGGCACAGACGAGAAACUGAGACGUGGCCUUGCUCCUGACUUGUCUUUAAUAGAAGUGAAGCUGGCAGCUGCUGAAAAAUCAAAAGAAGACUUCCUCAGUGAAAGAGAUUUAGGUCAGCAUGGUGAGUCCACUCUGGUGAGGGGCUUUGAAGAGGAGAAAAAAGAGAAACUGGAUACUGUGCUAGAAAAAAGUGAAGAUCAAGGUGACUCUAAAGAGGUCUAUCCCAUUAAAGGAGCAGAACCAGAGAAGACAAGAGUUGAGGCAGUGUUAGAAAGGAAAGAAGAAAGUGUGGCUAGUAAAGUUCAUUUACCUGCUGACACAAUAUAUGACAGAAUUUCUUCUUCAGAGAUAGCAAUAGAAAAGGAUUCUAUGUGUUUGUUGUUUGAGAAGGAGAAGACUCUUAGUGUUGUUCAUGAACUAGCUGAGAUAGCUGAUAUAGAAGCUCCAAUUAAACCAGAUUACAAUGCUAUUAAGCAUGAUAUGGAGGUAGCUGCAAGGAGAGCUGACCAAGAAUAUCAGAGUAAGUUAGACACUAAGAUCAGUGAGGUUGUUUCUCUUCCAUCAGGGAAGGACAAAACCUCUCUUAAAAAAGCAGAGCCUGAACCCAAAGACACUCAGCAGAAAGAAGAGACCAUCUUCUCCAGAGAAGCAAAGGAUGCAGAUGUGCUUUCCAAGACUGAGCCUAGUUAUGCAAAGGACAGCACCAAACUGUCAGAAAUAGAAAUUAAAGAAAAAGUAACUAAGCCAGAUCUGGUACAUCAAGAGGCAGUUGAUAAGGAGGAAUCUUAUGAAUCUAGUGGAGAGCAUGAUCAAACCCAAGAAAGUUUGAAUGGAGAAUCUGUGAAACCAGAGGAUAUCAAAGCAGAACAACCAAAACCUCCCGUGUCUGGGGAAGAGACACCUACACAGUUACCAGCUAAGGGGGCUUCUGUGGAGCCCCUCUUUCCAAAAGCUGAGCCUCUCCGGGAGGAGCCUGCUGAGAUUCAGAUGGAGAGCAUACCACAACUCGUAGAAGGAGCUGAAGAGACUCUUGAUAGAGCUGUGAAACCUACAGAAACCCAAAAGCUGCUGCCAUGUGAACUGGCAGCUGGAGCCCCAAAAGAGGAAGAAUAUGAGGAAGAGGAGGUGGAAGCAGGGCAAGAAGCAAAAGAAGAGGAUAAACAGCAUCUUGUAUCAGAAAUGCCCCCAGAGUUUGGUGAGCCUGCUGCAGAGGAAAUGGGAGCCAAGGGUAGCCCAGAAGCCCUGCCUGAGCUGAAAGGCAUUAUUGAAUCAGUGGUGACAGUGGAGGAUGACUUCAUCACAGUGGUGCAGACAACAGUUGAUGAGGGUGAAUCUGCUUCUCACAGCGUGCGCUUCGCCGCCACUCAGCAGGAAGACAUUGAAACAGGAGACUCCCAGGCUGAGGAGGAGCUGGAUGUUGAAGAAGUGGAGAUUGAGCCCAAGGAAGGCUCCCAAGAGGCUCCUGCUUCACCCCAGAGAGAAGAAAUCCUGCUCACUAACUACAAAACAGAGACGUGUGAUGAUUACAAAGAUGAAACAACAAUUGAUGACUCCAUCAUGGACACAGACAGUCUCUGGGCAGACACUCAAGAUGAUGAUAGGAGCAUCAUGACUGAACAGUUAGAGACUGUUCCUAAAGAGGAGAAAGCAGAGAGAGAAUUGCGAAGAUCAUCUCUUGAUAAGCAUAAAAAAGAGAAACCUUUUAAAACUGGGAGAGGCAGGAUUUCUACUCCUGAAAGGAAAAUAGCUAAAAAGGAACCUAGCACACUCUCCAGAGAUGAAGUGAGAAGGAAAAAAGCAGUGUAUAAGAAAGCUGAACUUGCUAAAAAAACUGAAGUUCAGGGCCACUCUCCCUCCAGGAAAAUAAUUUUAAAACCUGCUAUCAAAUAUACUAGACCAACUCAUCUCUCCUGUGUUAAACGGAAGCAGACAGCAGCAGGUGGUGAAACAAACCAGGCUCCUGCUGUAUUUAAACAAGCAAAGGAAAAACUCUCAGAUGGAGUAAGCAAGAGCCCUGAGAAGCGUUCAUCUCUGCCAAGGCCUUCCUCCAUCCUCCCUCCUCGGCGAGGUGUUUCAGGAGACAGAGACAGAGAGGAGAACUCCCUGUCCCUCACAUCUUCUCUCUCCUCCUCAGUACGACGGACUACCCGAUCAGAGCCAAUUCGUAGCAGAACGGGAAAAAGUGGAACUUCUACCCCCACUACUCCUGGCUCCACUGCCAUCACUCCAGGGACACCACCAAGCUAUGCCUCCCGUACCCCAGGCACUCCAGGGACACCCAGUUACUCCAGAACUCCCCACACUCCUGGGACCCCCAAAUCUGCAAUACUGGUACCUACUGAGAAAAAAGUUGCCAUAAUUCGCACUCCUCCUAAAUCUCCAGCCACUCCAAAGCAGCUACGAGUUAUUAAUCAGCCUCUACCUGACCUCAAGAAUGUCAGGUCCAAAAUUGGGUCAACAGAUAAUAUCAAAUACCAGCCUAAAGGAGGGCAGGUACAAAUUGUAACCAAGAAGAUUGACUUGAGUCAUGUGACUUCUAAGUGUGGCUCACUCAAGAAUAUCCACCACAAACCAGGAGGUGGGCGUGUGAAAAUUGAGAGUGUGAAACUGGAUUUCAAAGAAAAAGCUCAGGCUAAAGUUGGUUCACUGGAAAAUGCCCACCAUGUACCUGGUGGUGGUAACGUCAAGAUUGACAGCCAGAAGCUGAACUUCAGAGAGCACGCCAAGGCCCGUGUUGACCACGGGGCUGAGAUCAUCACGCAGUCACCGGGCAGGUCCAGCAUGGCCUCGCCACGCAGACUCAGCAACGUCUCAUCCUCUGGAAGCAUCAACCUGCUUGAGUCACCCCAGCUUGCUACCCUUGCUGAAGAUGUCACAGCAGCCCUUGCCAAGCAGGGGUUAUGAAUUUGCUCAUCUUGCAUUGUAUGAAGUAAUAAUAUUUAGGCAUGAGCUCUUGGCAGGAAUGGGCUCAGAGCAGGUGUCACGUUCAUUCUUUACCAUGUCUAAAACUAAGUUACAUCCCAAGACUUGUAGUUACCAUACAGUUUAAAAGAAAAAAACAGAAAAAAAAAAUUCCAUAGAUGCAGAAAUUGGCCUGACCUCCAUUUACAACAGGAAGACACUGGCUUUAUAUGGGUAUACAGCGGUAUGUUACAUUGGACAAUUAUUGUUGCUCUGCUCUGUCUUGCAUGGAGUACUGUAGUAUGAUAAAAAUGCAUUUUUACCUUUCAUGUGCCUGAAGGCCAUCCACCUCUUUCUGAAGAGCCUUGUUAAUAUCCCAAGUUGCUCAUUUCACAGUUCUUUUGAUAGAUGGGGAAAUAAAAAAGAAAAGUUGCCCAUUGUAAGUUAUUACAGGUUAAAUUAAUGGUCUGCUUACCAGAAGGAAGGGCAUAUAGGGAAAUUCAACUUUAAUAAAAAAAAAAAAAAGUUACUUUGUAUAAAUGAGUAGAACAAAAGUUGAAUUAAGUUAUUAACAUUUUUUGAACCUGGUUAAUUAUGUCAGUGUAUAGCUGAAAAGCCAAUAAAUUAUUUAAAUAAUAACUGAAAAUACUAGCUGAAAACAUUUGAAUCGUGCUUUGGGAAGUGACGUAAAAAAGCUGCUGAAAGCGAGCACUCAUACCCCAACAGACUUGUGUCUGAUUAGAAAAGUUGGAUAAGCAGCUAGAUUUGUGUGCAUACCACCAGUUCCACAUUCUUUCCAUCUGUUUGAUACAGUAUUAUAGAUAUAUAUAUUUCUCUGUGGCCAUUUGUGAUACGCCCUCCUCAUAUACUUGAAUAUUCUACUUCUUUAUUCACAGUAUCUGUGUCUCUUGCACCCUUUGGUGUUGCAAUUUUAGGUAUGUAAAAGUAGAUGUUAGCAGGGGGUUUUUUCCCUAUUCAUAAGAAUACAUUUAAAAAAGAUGAAAAUUGUAGCAUGAAGUUGCUUUCUGUAACAACUAAAAGCCGUGACCCUGUUUUAGUGACAGAUGCAAGUCUAUUCUGUGAUGCUAGAAAAAGGAUUCCUUCCUUCUUCCCUUCCUUUCUUCACAAAGAAAUGAUUUUUGUGGGGUCCAGAUGUUUGUCAAAGAGUCUCCAAAGAAGGCUGAGUUUGGACUACGGAUUUUUAAAAAAUCCACAAUAGUUUGGUUCUUUCUUUCGUUCUUUCCUUUCUCUCUUUCUUUCUUUCUCUCUCUCUUUCCUUUCUCUUUCCCUCCCUUCCUUUCUCAUCUUUUUCUUCAUUCCCAUAGUAACAAUGAAUGUUUGAUUUAUUGUUUUUCUUUUGCUAAAGUUGAAACACAGAAAAAAUAUUAAGAUGUUGUUUCCACUCCGUUAGUGAUGUCUCACAUGUACACUCAGGCACUCAGAUAACAGUGAUAAUCAUAGCAGAGAUGCCUGUAAAUUACAAUACAUGAAUAAAUAAAGAUCAGCUCCCUAGA